AUCAUAUACAUAGUUAUCACUGAUACUUUCCCGUAAUUGACUUUCAAGUUUCCCUCCAAACUAUUUGACAGUUUCUCCUUUAAAAACUUUUCUAAUUUCAUUUCUAAAAUCCCACUUUUUACAUAAGUUUGAUCUUCACAAGAUGACACUCAGUUACUGCUUCUUUUACACUCUAACCAUUGCUUGUUUACUGUGUUUUCAACACAGACCAGCAGAAGCACAAUGCAAAACAUUAUUUGUGGAUCAAAAAGGGCGUGGUAAUUAUUCCAAAAUUCAAUCAGCUAUAAACUCCAUUCCAUCAAAUAAUCUGUACUGGUUUUGCAUCACUGUUAGUGCUGGUACUUACAGGGAGAAGGUAAACAUUCCAUAUGAUAAGCCAUAUAUAAUUCUUAAAGGAGCUGGAAAAAGAAAAACUAUGGUGGUUUGGAAUGAGCCAUAUCUAGUUUCUCCAACUUUCUCAUCUUCUGCUGAUAAUAUUGUUGUCCAAUCCAUUAGUUUUGUGAAUUCAUACAACAGUCCAAGUAGUAAAAACCCUAGGGUGCCAGCAGUUGCUGCAAUGCUUAGUGGAGACAAAUGUGUGUUCCACAAAUGUGGAUUCUCAAGUGUUCAAGAUACUUUGUGGGAUGCUGCUGGUCGCCAUUACUUCAAGGAUUGUGUCAUUGAAGGAGCUGUCGAUUUCAUCUUUGGUAAUGCACAGUCUCUCUAUGAGGGUAGCUCGAUACGUUUUCUUGGUGAACUAUUGGAGCCAGGGAUAGCAGGUUUCAUCACAGCACAAGGAAGAGAAAACCCAAAUGACUCAAAUGGAUUUGUGUUCAAGAACUGCAAUGUGUACGGCAAAGGCACAACCUAUUUGGGCAGACCAUGGAGAGGAUUUUCAAGGGUCUUGUUCUAUAAUUGCCAAUUUUCAAACAUUAUCCAUCCUAGUGGUUGGGAUUCUUGGAACUUCGUUGGCAAAGAGCAACUUAUAACAUAUGCAGAGCAUGGAAACAAUGGACCUGGAUCAGAUACUUCAAAGAGGGUGAAGUGGGAGAAGAAGCUGGAUGAUGGAACUGUGUCUAAGUUUACAAGCAUGUCUUACAUUAACAGUGAUGGCUGGUUACAAACCAUGCCUACUAAGUAUUUCUAGUCCUUGCUUCUUAUCCAAAGCUCGUUUUGGUAGCUUUUUGUAAUAUCAAAACUAUUCUACAAUUUUUAUCCUUUGUCUUUUUCUUUUUUAGUCCUUAAUGCUUUUCGACUUUCUAAAAAUUAGUUCGAUUGAAAUCUUUAUUAAUAGUAUUAUGUUAUGUUUUAAUAUUUAUCUAUUGAAUUUUAGUAGUUUUAGUGUGAAA